AUGAAAAACAUACUCAGCAGUUUCCCACCCUUUAUAAACAGGAAUUCUAAUUUUCAAGCUGACAACAUUGAGUUUAAGAAGAAUCUUUUUCAUUUUGAACCUCUAAAUAUUAAUACUUAACUAAUAAAGCAGAUAAGAAUCAAAAAAGAAAGAACAUUAUCUCCGAAUCCUAUUUAGAAUCCACAUGCUUUAAUCUUAUCUAAAAUUAAUGUCUAAAAAUAAGCCUUGAAAAAAGUCAAACUCAAAUCAAGCAUAGAUUACAGAGCUUUGCAAGAAUUAGAUUUUAAUGCUUAGCUCUAAUUUUUAUAACCAACAUCCUUUAUUCAUGCUUCUACCAAUAGAAGCCAUAUGAAAGACAUUAAUUUAUUGAGAAGAUAGAAAUGUAGAGAUAAAGUCUAAUUUUGCAAUUAAAAAAUUGAAACUGAAAGGAAAAUUCAGUCAAAAUUUUGCUUGUGUUUACCGAAACUUCACAAUAGUUUAGACAUAAAUUAAUCAAGAGACUCUCUCAAUAGUUGGACUAUGAAUAGCACUUUCGGUUUAUUCUAAGUUAUUAGUUGA